AGUCCUGCCAUGGUCUGGCUACUGUUUAUCUACAGCCUUAAAACAUUAACUCUUAGGUUGACAGUGGUGGCACACACCUUUAAUCCCAGCACUCAGAGGCAGGCAGAGUUUGAGGCCAGCCUGGUCUACAUAGUGGGUUCCAGGACAGCUAGGGCCAUUAUACAGAGAAACCCUGUCUCGGAAAACCAAACCCCUCUCCAAAAAACAAACAAAAAAACCAACCUUAACUCUUUUUUUGUUUUGUCUUUGUUGCUGUUUUUGAAACAGUUUCCCUGUUAGCCUUGGCAGUCCUGGAACUCGCUCCUACAGACAUCUGCUUGCCUCUGCCUCCUGAGUGCUGGGAUUAAAGGCGUGCGCCGCCAGCGCCCGGCAAAACCUUAACCCUUUAUAAUAAGAAUUUCUUCUAGUCCUUGAACAGAGAACAUUGUCUCUCAAGCUCUCUAACAAUAGGUUCAUCCUUUUUACCUAGCUAACUUUACCUAUAGGUCACAGGGCACACAUUCCGGGACCACCCUAACUAACCCGCCCCAACCCGCUCUGGGGCAGGUGUCCCUCUUCCCCACAGCCCUUGCACACGCCCACUGUCUAAUAGGGCGGGAGAUGGCCUUGACCGCGGCUGCGUCUCCAGCACCUAGGACAGGGCCUGGCACGAAGGAGGCGCGCAGGGAGGUGCGCAGUGAACUGGCGAGAAAGGGUGCGCCCUUAGGAAGGCCGCCCCGAGGGUCGCCUAGGUGGGGAGGGCCAAGCGUGCCCUCCCCAGGGUGUGGUUCAACUGAGCCAACCCCAACCUCCACCACCCAGAGGUCGCGCAGAGUCCCUUUCCGGCCCGUAGGAGCCGGAAGUGGAGCUUAAACUUCCCUUGAUGCUCCGCGCGGCGUCUAUUUUAACCGCAGGGCGACUAAGCAGGCAGCAAGUAUGGCUGCGCCCGGGCCAGAGGUUCCCUCUGAGCUGUCUCCUGCGGCCGCCCCGGAUUUGGAUUGGUAUGAGAAGCCGGAAGAAACUCAUGCUCCCCAGGUAGAUCCUGAGAUCGUCAUCACGUCAGCCCAGGAACCUUCCAAUUCUUCGGAGCCCUUUUGCCCAAGAAACUUGGUGCCGGUGGUGUUCCCUGGGCCUGUGAGCCAGGAAGGCUGCUGUCAGUUUACUUGUGAACUUCUAAAGCACGUCAUGUACCAACGCCAACAGCUCCCUCUGCCCUAUGAACAGCUUAAGCACUUCUACCGAAAAUCCUCUCCCCAGUCAGAGGACACCGCAAGGAAGAAACCUCGGAUCACCACUGAGGUGAACAGCAGGAAAUGUCAACAGGCUCUGGCAGAACUGGAGAGUGUCCUCAGUCACCUAGAGGACUUCUUUGCCCGAACACUAGUACCACGAGUGUUGAUCCUUCUCGGAGGCAAUGCCCUCAGCCCCAAGGAGUUCUACGAACUUGACUUGUCCCGGCUGGCCCCCUUUAGCGUGGACCAGAGCCUGAGCACAGCCGCCUGUUUGCGUCGUCUCUUCCGAGCCAUCUUCAUGGCCGAUGCCUUUAGUGAGCUGCAGGCUCCUCCGCUCAUGGGUACCAUUGUCAUGGUACAGGGGCACCGUGACUGUGGAGAAGAUUGGUUUCGACCCAAGCUCAACUACCGAGUGCCCAGCCGGGGCCACAAACUCACUGUGACGCUGUCCUGUGGCAGACCUUCCAUCCCAGCCGUGGCUUCCGAGGAUUACGUUUGGUUCCAGGCACCCGUGACACUUAAAGGUUUCCAUGAGUGACUGAAUGAGGACAGUGGCUGAAUUCUCCCCUCUGCUGCCAAGGCACCCAUCUCUUGUUUGGAAUUGAAGCUGCUUCCUGGUGAGGGAGGAAGGCUCUGUCUCGGCAGUAUGCCUCCUCUCCCCAGACUGCCUGGGGACUGAUGGUAUGUGGCCAUGACUGUGAUAAUCAUCAUCAAGCAAAGUCCCCGAAUCAACGAUUGACUCCCAGAGGCCUCUGGGCCCGGGAGUUCUGUCUGAGAUUAGAAAGCAUGGAGAUGGCCCUUCUCUGUUUUAUGUGUGACUUCAGAACUGUUGUUACCAGGGUCGUAAUGUGGGUGUGACUCAUGAAUUUAAAUACAAAAUGAAUAGAGUUGUAUUAAAUUUUCCUAACACUUUUGACUUAGA